CUCAAACGUUCGUGUUGUUGCUAGCUGAACCAGUGGCUGCAGCUGAUGGCGGCCAGAAGGAGGCAUUGACUUCUAAUGUUUACAUGAAUGUUUCAGCACCUUCACGAGUUGACCAUGUGAUGCUGGGACCCAACUGGCUCACCAGAUGGUUUACUUCCACACUGUUGCUUGGAAACCGCAGCAGGGACACUUGUCAGCCUCGUGCAGCUGUCGCUGUGCCAGCACUUUUGCUACUGUCCUUGUGACAUGUGGAGGCCCCGCAGCAGCCCACACAGCAUUUGAAAGAGCUGCGAAGGCAACGAUGGGUAACCUGCUCUGCUGUGUCUGCAGGGACCACAAGUCAGGGGUAGAUGAUGGUGGCAGCACAGGUGGAAGGUAUGGUUUCCACCGAAGACAGAGUUCUCGUUCACUUCCUGUUGAGGCUCAUGAUGGCACAAGUGAGCGGCGCCGAUCCAGCUCUGCUUUCAGCUGGCAUGGCACGAGAGGCUCCCUUAGUGCACCUGCGACAAGCUAUGUGGAACAUCUCAUUCUUGAAACCCUGUCUAUCAUCCGGACCUUGGUUGACAAUGAACAGGAGCCUCCACCGUUCAUGAUCAAGCUGCACCUGAUAGCUGACAAAGAAUCUGGUUGGCUUUUGGUUGUCCGAUCCAUGGUGAAUGCCAUUCCUAUGGAUGACCCCCUGGGCCCUGCUGUCAUUACUCUCAUCCUUGACGAUUGUCCUCUACCAACUAAGGAAUCCGUGGGAAAGUUGUCGCAAAUGUUUCAACUCUCAAGAGAGCUGUCGCUGAGUGGCAGGAACAACCCAACCUGGCACCGAAACAUUUGUGUUGUCCUCGGGUGUAUUGCAGAGAAGCUUGCAGGACCAAGCAGUGUUGCACUUCUGACGGAAGAUACACUUGAAUACCUCAUUGCAAAUUUGGAUCCCAUCACAUGCAACACACUUGUGAUCUUGUUCUCACUUAUUGCCUUGGAGAAAUUUGCUCAAACAAGUGAGAACAAAGUAACCCUGGAAAAGCGCCUCUCAAGCCUACCAGAGAACCCUCUGGCAAAAAUGGAGCCCUGGGUUUACAGUGAAGAUUUUGUGGAGCGACAGGUUGGUUUCUGUGCCCAGUGGUGCCUGGACAACCUCUUCAUACUUGAGGGACGUCGUUACACGUAUGAGGUUACUGACCGAACCAACAUUAAUGCCAUGCUGAACAGCAAUGAUGUCAGCGAGUAUCUGAAAAUCUCCUCAAAUGGUCUCGUGGCACGAUGUGAUGCAUCAUCAUUUGAGAGCGUACGCUGCACCUUUCAAGUGGACUCUGGUGUCUGGUACUACGAGGCCUUAAUUGUCACUUCAGGUGUAAUGCAAAUUGGCUGGGCCACCCGAGAAAGCAAAUUUCUCAAUCACGAGGGUUACGGAAUUGGUGACGACGAGUUCUCAAUAGCUUAUGAUGGGUGCCGGCAACUUAUCUGGUACAACGCCUUGAGUCAAAGCCAUAACCACCCUUGCUGGAAACCAGGUGACAUCCUGGGCACCUUGCUUGACAUGAAAGCAUUCCAGAUUACAUUUUACCUUAAUGGGGAGCCCCUGCCUCCAAACACUCAAGUCUUUCAGAAUGCCAAGUCUGGCUUCUUCGCUGCUGCCAGUUUCAUGACAUUUCAGCAGUGCGAGUUCAACUUUGGCCGCUCACCGUUCAAGUUUCCACCUAGUGGAGUUCAGUUCUCUUGCUUUAAUUCUUUUGCCCAUCUGUCCGAGGAGGACAAAAUUAUUCUGCCAAGGCACAUUCGUAUGGAGAAGCUAAGGCACAGUAGUGUUCGUGAAGAUUCUUGCACCCUGUGCUUUGACCGCAGUGCUGCUGUCCGGCUGGAGCCUUGCCAACACAAGGGUUUCUGCAGUGAGUGUGCCAUGCAGCUGGAAGUGUGCCCCAUGUGCCGAAGUGAGAUCCGGGAACGGAUAGAAGUGUCUCUGUAACUUCUAGACUACAAGCCUGCUGGCAGUGCUGCUUGGUUCAGGAGAUACCACGCCUACAAAUGUAACAAUUGCAGAGUCCACUGGCUUUCAGCUGAUGGCUGGAGAAAUGUGGUAUAGUGUAAAAAAGAGUGUAGCAUGCAGAUUGGAAUGAAAAUGUGGGUUACUGAUACUUGUGAAGCUGUUCUAACUUUUGUUUCUAUCACUGUUAGUUUCUUUGCACUGAAGGGCUUGUGUGUUUUCAACAAUGGGGACAUGCUUCCAUAGAUUAUCUCAAGCAUCUACUGUAGGUAUUGAAUUAAAGAAAGACAUGUGGCCCAGAGUUGUUUGAACAAAGUUAGUUCUGAUAGCGUCACAUAAUUUCUGACAGGGCAUUUUCAGAAUUAUCUGAUGUUAUGACUGCAUUUUUCCCGGUAAAAUGUUAGCAUUGAUUUGUGAUUGGUUUGGAAGAGUGGCAUUAGCAACUGCUGCCAGUCACAGUUGAACUUUGUGAUGUUAUAUUGCCUGUGCAGUGGCGGCACUGCAUCAGUACUACAAUAGCCAGCACAGCAUUGCAUUGUGCACUAGCACACUUCUAGCUGCUUUCAUAAGCAGUGCCAUUUUCCUCUGCAUGCUCACGUUUGCUGUGGUCAGAAUCACUGGGUCACAUAAUUUUUGUACCUUAGGAGUUGAAAACUAUUAUAAUGAACAAAAAUUGGGCUGAGUAAAUCAAAAAAGAAUGCUGACAUUGGAUAUAGCAUGCUGAAUGUUUCUGACGUCCACAUGUGGUAGUCGUAGCAGAAAUACUAUGUUGCAAAAUCAAUGUGCUGACCUCUUCAAAGUCACUGUAAUGUGUGUUUAAAGCAAGCAGUAAAAUCUUGUGACAAGAUCAAUAAAUGUCAGUGUUGGGCGCAAAUCUGUGCAGGAUGGGGCAGAUGCAAAUCGACAAAGAACCUGCCACGGUGGCUCAUUGGCUAUAGUGUUCUGCUGCUGAGCACAAGGUCAUGAAUUCAUUUUCUGGGAAUGGUAGCUGCAUUUCAGUGGGGAAAAUUGCAAGAACACUUAUGUGUAGGUUCAUAUUAAAGAACCCCAGGCGGUAGAAAUUAAUCCAGAACCCUCCACUGCGGCGUCUCUCAUAACCCAUUGUACAGUUCCUGGACGUUAAACCACACAAUUUAAAUUUAAUUGUCAAAGCACAGCGCAGGUGCACUGUGAACAAAGCUUUACAAUGACAAAUGUGUGCAGAAAAUGUCCAUCUGCUUUAACCAUUUGCACUGCUAUACUAUUUAGUCAAAGUACCAUCUGUGACAGCUGUAGCUGAUGACAGAACAUAUGAGGAACACAUUGGUUACAAACUAAGCUUAAUUUUCUUUGGGAACUUCUGCAUUCUCAGCAUUUUUUGAAGAGUCUUGUAACAAUUCUCUUAGCAGUGUUCUUAUUCCUAAAGCAUGGAUGCACAGCCAUAUACAGAAUGAUCUUUUUUUGCUUACUGUUAUGCCUGCAUGUUAGUUCAAUGUCAUCAGAACUCAGUACUACUAAUAGACGACACUGAACCAUUCCUAAUUUCAUUCAAAUUAGAGAUCGAACUACAAUGAGCUAGGCACAACCAAGCACAUAUGGUUGCCACCUCACUGGUUUUCCGCCACCACCACCAAUUUUUUGCUCACUGUGCUGGCUGCCAGUUCGACCCACACAGUGACACGCCAUUUGCCAAUUUUUCAGUUCUCCAUAAAUUGGCACAUCAUAAGCUGCAUCGCCAGCAUUCUGUCAGGUGUUCUUAUAAAGCAGACAACUGAAUUGUAGAAACACAUUCAUUGCUAAUUCCUCAGACCUUUCAAUGUCAUGAAUUUCGAAGCUACAAGACGGAACCAUGCAUCCUUUCACUUUCUUUUGAACUUUCUUCAAUAAGUCCAAGCGUGUCCCCUGUUUCUCUCUAUAAAUCUUCUCGGCGACAAUCCAGUGUGGCCGCUUAUCAUGCCAGCUGGCUCAUCAGCGGCACUUAAUGCUAGGUUGUUUGCAGGCUACAAUGUGCCUGAGAAUAAAUGAUUUUCAACGACAACAUGAAGAUUUAAAAGUGUGCCAAAGUUUACAUAAAGCCUUUCAAUAAGCUUCAUUCAUGCAAAAUUUCUACACAGUAUAUCGUUUGUUUAUUAUGUUCUCAUUUUGUUUGUAUUUUGGCAUACCACACUUUUCACAAAAAGAACACACACACGACACCUCCCCUUCCCCUCUUGGUACUCAUUUGAAGUGCAGUGCCAGCACUCGUGCUUUAAGUACUUACUGAAUCAUCUAAGCAACAAGUAGCAAAAACUUGGACUUAUUAGGACAUAGCUAUGGCAAUUAUUUGUAUAUUUGAUGCGAGAGUUCGUGAAGAGAGAUUUAUUUUAUAUGUGCAUGCUACAUGCUACAUCUAGCUUGCAAAGUACCUCAACAGUGCACCGCCAAAAUGGUACCUUGCUGUUGUCAUACGGUCCUGAUAACUGCCAUUUCACCAUGAAAAUUGCAUGAGUUAGCCGAGACAUAUGUGGACUGUCAUAAAUAUUGCAUGAAUAUAAACAGCUCAAAAUUUUUGUAGCAAAUCUUUUUUCAUGGUUGCUAAAACAUUAACACAGCUACUAUACAACCUACUUGUAUCAGAACAGCUUUUGAAAGGCAAUAUGUAAAUCACUUUGCAUUACUGUUAAUGUCCUGAUCUAAUGUUUCAUGGGUAGAUCUAGCCAACAGUACUAGGCUGCCAGCCAUGUGCCACUCCAAAGGAAUUGAAGCUUGUUUUUUCGCUGAAAAAGAGUAGUUUUCUUCUGUUUUGAGCUUUGCCUUGGUUGUAUAGCUGUAUAGCUUUUGCUUUAGCAAAUUAUGGUUCUUGCGAAUGUGGAAGCACAGCUGUAAAUGGUAACUUUUGUGGUUUCGAAAAUAGCUUUUGUGUGAUUCCUGGGAGACUAAAGUAAAUCAAUCAUUGGAAAGUUAGUUGUUACAUGGACAUUAUAGCUGAACAUCAGUUCUUUUUGGCACUAGUGGUGCACAGACAGUAAAAGAAAAAGAAGAAACUUCUAUCACUAAUUUAUUCUAUUGAUGCAAACCUUGUGGAUUUGUAUCACUAGCACUUACAAUAAGUGCUGUACAAUAGCACUGUACAAUAAAACUUUGAAAGCACUUUAUGUGUAGCAUGUCAUGUUGGAAAAGAUAGUUGGAAAAAGAUAUUUUGAGUUUGCUUAAAGGUUUAAAGACAUCAAAUAAAUUCCUGCCCCACUCCUUCUCUGCUCUCUCUCUCUCUCUCUUUUACGAUGUAGAUGCCAUCACGAUACGGAGCACGAUGUGGAAUUCCUUUGCCCAUUUUCACCCAAUCACCUGAAUUUCAAAGCUACAUCACGGCAUACUGGACAGCACAUGCCUAAAUGCUGUGGCAAUUGUAGUUUAAACAACACAUAUAUUUAUCCACAUUGUCAGCUUCUUUCCAAACCACAGUGUAUGCAUAUUGUUUUAAUUUGGAUGAAAUAGUAGCAAAGUCUUGUAGCAAAGCAAGGACUUCAGCCCUCUCAUUCAUCGGAGUUGUUUGUAGACGCUGUAGCCUAUUUUGCUUUUGAUCUACUGGAAAUCUACAACCGUGAUGACGGUGAGUGCAGGUUGAUCAUCUGCAGCAUUGCCUUAGGUUGCAGAGAAUAAGGCUGCACACUAUACGAACGAAGAAAACACCAUGUGCAAGCAUAUUGAGAUGUCACAUUAACUUCAAAUGCUCUGGCCUUGAAAAUUUGACAAGCUGAACUGUACAGUAAACACUGUGUUAAAUUAUUGCACGUUUUGUUGUAAAGUAAAAAAAAGUACACAGUUAGAAUUAGUUUCCUUUCGCUCAUCUAGAAGGUAUCCAGUUAACAUGCAGCCACUUUUCUUUAAGGCAGAGCCAUCUAUGCAGGUGAAACCAAGUGUUUUAUGAUAGCAAGCACCUGAAGAAGCCUUCAGUAUUUUUUCUUUUGUGUGUUUCUUAAAUAAUUAGUGCCUAUUAGCUUCUUAAUGGUUAACUUUACAGCCACUAUUUCAAUACUAGGGUUUUAGAGCACAUUAGGAAGCAUCAAUAUCAUUUUUUUGCAGUGCACUAUCUUUAGCAAAGCUUUUUAUUGCAAUAAGCAAUUGUGUGGAAACUCCAGCCGCACUCACACUGUCCAAUACAUUUGGUGUAAAGAGGGGUGUGAUUCAGUUUAUAUUUUAUAUGCUUUUUGAAAAAAAGGUGAUACGGCAUUGAAUUCUAUUACAUGCAAGCCCACGGUUUCUACUUGCACUAAUGAAUUGGGCAAGAGUGCCAGAACUAGCGUCCUUUCCGAGAUGCGACUUAAUGUUGACCGAUUGUUAUGUACAGUUGUCACAGCCAUGGUUUAACAGGCAGAGCACUGGCCAUUUUUCAUUUGGCAGAGAAAGCUUCUGGUGUUUGGCACAUCUGGAACACUGUCAGGAUUUUGGAGUGCAUGUGUGGAGAUUUAUCCACAUGUGUGCAAUGUGCAUGCAUUGUUGUGUGUAUGAAACCUUUAAGAAGAACCCUCUUCAUUGUACUGUUUGCAUAUUGUGCAUUGAAGGACAGCCUUUGCAUUAGAAUUUUCAAAUCUGGUCAAACUGUGGCAGGAGAGGUCUGAUUUUCUGACACUGUUUUUGACUUGCAUCUGGUAGAUGUUGGAGAAAAAAUAUGGUUCUCUUGAGCAUUUUUUCACUCUACUACAUCUUUAUCACUUCACAGCCCUGCAAUGUCCCAGUAAACUUAUGGGCUACUGAAAAGUGCCAAGCCAGGCCCAUCACCUUAUGUGAGGCAAAACAAUUGUACUUUUUUUUUAAUUGAAAGCAGUGUUUUGUUUAACUUUGAUAAAUGCUGCCAGCUCUGAGCAUGUUUAAAGAAUUCUUAUUCAGGCUCCAACCCAAGUAAUUUAGGCACCCCAUUGAAAGCCCCCUCCCACAUAGGAGUCAGCUCUCUCCCCCCUUUCCUUUCUUUUUUUGUUAUUUUUGCUCUUUUUAAUAAAUGUUUUCAUCUCUAUCUUGCCAGUCUUUACACUGCUUGUAGCUGUAGCCUGUCAUGUCCAGUAUAAGUUGAUUGCUUGACUCCAGCUGCAUAUUUUCAUAUCAUUUCUAGAAAACUUUGUGCCAGAAUAUAUAAAAUGCGGGGAAGCUGAUUGGUCGCUAAUGCUCACCUUCCUUCCGUCAUUGCUAUAAGUUGACUGUUCAUAGCAUUGGAUUCAGUCACCUAUAACGGGCAGCUAUUGCUUGGUGGGACUGGCUGCACUGCCCAAAAUGUAUAUUGUGCUGUGCAAACAGUGUGGUUUCUAUACUUUUUAGCAAGUGGCCUGCCUUGUGGCUGUGUUGAAUGUUAGUAACUUCACACUUUCAGGCACAGAGAACAAUGGCUAUUGUGUUUGAAUAGUAUCUAUGUCAUUUGUCUUUUAUUCAAUUCAUUGCUCAGGGUUGCAAGUUCAAGGGUGAUGAUUAGACUGUGUGUUUUGACUUGGUUAUAGAAUUUGUGUGUUUGAAUAGAAAGAAAUCUGUUGAAUGCA